AUGCCUUUCAAGCCCUUCGCACAUCUUGCUCGAGUCAGCGUUGCAAAGGGAAUCGCUCAUACAUAUGCUCCUUCGGUUGUCGCUGCUGGUCAGUCUCUAGGACAAUUUCAAAAUUACCCGGUCGCCAAAUUCACAAAGACUGCACAACUUCAAAAUGUGUUCUCGAGUCCAUCAGGCUCGGGCGCCGGAGCCAAGGCUGGCUAUAACUCUCAGUCUUCCGGCGGAGAUUCGGGGUUAGCACAAUACUUCGCAGCCUGGCAACAUGCGCAGCAAACGGGUGACGACUCAGACUGGAAACAACAUCAGGUCGCGAGAAGCAUAGGGUGGAAGCAACAGGACAAAGUGGUCCCUUCAAAACAUCAGCGGCUCGACUCGCGCGCCGUUGCUAUCCUCCGACCCACCGCUCGACCGUCUGCCUCCCGAGUGAACAGUGAGCGUGCGACUCCGCAGAUUCAAGAUGUGGGAGAGAAUUCUGAAGUGGAAUCAUGGCCCAAGUUGGAUGAGAGAGAGGCUCAAGACUUGGAUGCGUUGUCCCAGCUGGCGGACACAACGGUCCACGACGAAGAGACCGGCAGUCCUGUUCUCCGCUCCAGCCCGGCCACUUCCACGGUCCAGGAGACUAGCACUGAUCUCGAAUCUUCGUCCUAUACCCAAGAUCACGAAACUGCAUCAACGGAACCCGCUUCUUCUGUUUCCGACGAAUCUUCCCUCUCCAACCAGAUCAUUCUGCUAGGCCAGCAACAAUGCUAUGCCGAGAUUCCCGCUCUCUUUGAAGCGAUCAUCAGGGAAGGUCACGUGCCCAGUGUCGACGCAUACAAUCACAUUCUGAUAUCCGCCAUCCAUCUAAGUAGCGGCUACCAGCCGUGGCCGAGAGCUCUCGAGGUCUAUGGUGACAUGACCAAACGUGGCGUGGAGCUCAAUGCCACCUCAUACUCGAUUCUUCUGCGGUUUUUGGCCGCAAGAAGCCUUGAGGCGUACCAAGUUCAAAAACAUCUUGGUGAACGAGCAUCUCGGUACGGGAGUGACGGUGCCUUGGUUUUCCCGUCGGCUACCAGACAACAACAGCUGUAUGCUGCCGACACCUCUCUUGCUUUUGCCACCAAACUUUACAACAUUGCACGUGCCACUCUGCGAGACUUCUCCCUUUCAACAUCAGUUUACAAUGCUCUUGUCAAGGCCUGCGCUCAAGCCGGCUUGGUUGAUCAUAUGAACAACCUGCUGGCUGACAUGGCCGCCCAGGAUGUCCAGCUUGACCCUCGACUAUACACGGUUGUCAUUGAUGCUCAGGCUUCAAAGCAAGACAUCCACGCUGCCCAAGCCCUGUAUGAUGAGUACAGGGAUCUGGCCAUCAGGAGAGCUAUCAAUGACCCACUGGACAUGCAGGUGUACGCAGCUUUGAUCAAGGCAUACUAUGCGUGUGGUCUUCCAGAGACCGGGCUUCAUUUCUACGAAAAGAUCCUGCAAUCGUUUACGGAGUCCGUUAACAAGCAGGCGCUUUCAGAAGAAUUGACGAGUGCCUUGAUUUUGAAUGGUCUUGUGAGACAUCAUCUCGACCAGAGAGCCUACUCGGCCGCGAUCUCAAGCCUCAAUGAUUUCAGUUUGCCAGCUCUGGUUCGAGACCAGGCAUUGUCCCUGAUAUGUGUCGCUGCUGCGGAUGGGGACAGUGUAAGUGAAGCUUUAGAAUGCUUCAAUACCAUCACGGUGUCGAACCUGAAAGCCGAGCCCGUCAUGGCCCUUACGGCAAUGUACAUCCGUGCUGGUGAUGUCGCUCAAGCCAAGUCGACCUGGAACAAUGCGGGCUCACUACCCAUCAUUCCAAGUACGGAUUUUGCGACCAUGUAUACUCUGGCCCUAGUCGAUGCUGGCUCCAUUGAAGAAGCUACCUCGGAAGCACGAUCCAUGUUCCAACGCAUUCGGGCUGGAGCCAACAGCGAAGUCAGCCUCCAGCUCGCCGUUGCAGAGAUUGACGAGGCCAUUCUUCUGUUCGGUGAAGCCUUCUCUCAACAGCAAGCUGUGGUCUCUGCACCUACGAGUAUUGCAUUACUGAGAGCGAUGAUUGAGAAUGGAGGCCUCGUUUCCCCGGUUGCUGAGCAGGCCAUUGCAAGCCUGGGCCCCGAAUGCGUCCAUCAGCUCAAUGCUCAGGACAUCGCACUCGCCCUUCACGUCCAGGCCCAGAUGUUGAUGUCUCGGGAGAACGUCGACAUGGCGCAUGUGGCUCGAUUCUCUCAUCUUCUGGAGACAGUCCUCAACCGCGGCAUCCUGAUGGAUCCCUCCACGGUGCACGUCGUCAGCGAAAGUCUUCCCAAGGUUGGCGCCACUCGUCCGGACCUUGUACACCGCUGGCAGCAACUCCUCAGUCCGCCUGCUCCUGCUAACCUGCAACCUCAGUCACCACUGCCACCUCACCCAGUUGUUGUGGACAAUGUAUCUGUGGCGGACGCAUAUGACCCAUACGCCCACACGACCGACUACCGUGCAUCCAAGGCAAUCUCCGAGUUGGUCGAGAGCACCAGCGGACGGAUCGAAAACCACCUGAACGAUGGUCUGGCUCGGUUGAGAAACGUUCGCCGCGCCGGCAGGAACUUGCAUUAUUCCGCCUACGCCAAACUCAUCACUGCUGCCGGCAAAGCCAAACAACCUAGAUCUAUUCACAGCAUCUUGGGUAUGGCACAAGCCGACGUACCUAUGUCGUUGCAAUUUCCAUCCGUUCGAACCGGAUGGAUCACCAUAUUGGACUCAAUGGUCGCGGCGUGCUUGACUGUUGGUGAUCGUGAGCAAGCCACCAAGUAUCAUCAAGACUUGUUGGAUAUGGGUGCCGCUCCAUCGGCCAAUACUUUCGGCAUCUAUAUCACGACUCUCGAGGGGACCCACGACGAAGCCACUGAGGCUGUCAAGAUUUUCCAGCGCGCAUUGUCCGAGGGAGUUGCUCCUAGUGUCUUCCUUUACAAUGCGGUGAUUGGCAAGCUCGGCAAAGCUCGACGUAUCGACGACUGUCUUCGAUACUUCGGUGACAUGGAAGGUCGCGGCAUCCGUCCAUCAUCUGUCACCUACGGCACGCUGGUCAACGCUCUUUGCAGAACCAGUGAAGAGCGUUUCGCCGUGGACAUGUUUGACGAGAUGGAGGCCGCGCCCAAUUACCGACCCCGACCAGCCCCGUACAAUUCCAUCAUUCAAUACUUCCUCAAUACCAAGCGGGAUCGAAGCAAGGUUCUUCAGUACUAUGCGCGAAUGAAGUCCAAGAAUAUCAAGCCCACUUCGCACACGUACAAGCUCCUGAUCGAGUCAUAUGCCACACUUGAGCCCGUCGACUUUGCCGCGGCUGAAGGUAUUCUUGCGGAAAUGAAAACCGCCGGUGUCCAGCCCGAGGCACUCCACUACGGGUCAAUGAUCCAUGCCAAGGGGUGUGUGAUGCAUGACUUGCCUGCGGCAAAGGCGAUUUUCGACUCUGUCUUGCAUGUCGAAAAUAUCCGACCGACCGAUACCCUGUACCAAAACCUGUUGGAGGCGAUGGUGGCCAACCACGAAGUCAAAAACACUGCCGAGGUGCUUACUGACAUGGCACAACGUGGAGUGUCCAUGACCCCGUACAUUGCGAACACCCUUAUUCACGGCUGGGCGAGCGAAGGUGAUGUUUCUAAAGCCAAGGCCGUUUACGACCAACUUGGUAGGGAGAAACGCGAACCGAGCACAUACGAAGCAAUGACGCGGGCGUUUUUGUCUGUAGAAGACCGUGCCGGCGCCAACGCAGUCGUUCAAGAAAUGCUGAAGAAGGGGUACCCAACCGCAGUCACCGAAAAGGUGCUUGCGUUGGUGGAAGGAGCUACUGCCUGA